AUGGCAAGGAUGCAAUCCCCACAUGAUUGCCUUCUCCUCUGUAUUGUCACCUUUUGUCUGGUUUUGAGCUGCCAUGGAACAUCGGACGGAGAUCGAAAGGUUUAUAUUGUGUACAUGGGGGAACUUCCGAAGGGCGAAUUUAGUGCAUCUACUCUUCAUAUCAAUAUGUUACAAGAAGUUGUUGGAAGUGCUGCAUCAGACUACUUACUCCACAGCUACCACAGAAGCUUCAAUGGUUUUGUUGCCAAGCUGACCGAAGAGGAAAAGCAGAAAGUGGCUGGUAUGCAAGGUGUAGUGUCAGUGUUUCCAAGUCAAAAGAAGAAAUUACUCACAACUAAAUCAUGGGAUUUUAUGGGCUUCCCUAUCAAUUCUGUAAGAUCGUCCGGCGAAAGUGACAUGAUCAUCGGAAUGCUUGACACCGGAAUUUGGCCUGAAUCACAAAGUUUUAAUGAUUCAGGUUAUAGCCCGGCUCCAACAAAAUGGAAAGGAACUUGCCAAGCUUCCUCCAAUUUCACUUGCAACAACAAAAUAGUUGGAGCAAGGUACUACCAUAGUGAUGGAGAGAUAGAUCCUGAUGUUGAAUUUCCAUCUCCAAGAGAUUCAGAAGGACAUGGUACUCACACUGCAUCCACAGCAGCAGGAGAUUUAGUUAGCUCAGCAAGUCUGCUUGGCCUCGGCUUGGGUACUGCUCGAGGAGGAGUUCCGUCGGCUCGUAUUGCCGUUUACAAGAUAUGCUGGAGUGAUGGAUGUUCUGAUGCUGACAUUCUUGCAGCAUUUGAUGAUGCAAUUGCUGACGGAGUCGAUAUAAUCUCGCUCUCGGUCGGAGGAUGGCCAAUGGAUUAUUUCGAGGAUCCAAUUGCGAUCGGAGCGUUUCAUUCGAUGAAGAAUGGGAUACUUACUUCUAAUUCUGCUGGUAAUUCAGGGCCUGACCCUGGUUCAGUCUCUAAUUGUUCACCUUGGUCUCUUUCUGUGGCUGCUAGCACCAUUGACAGGAAGUUUAUGACUCCUGUUAAACUUGGCAACGGAGCAGUAUAUCAGGGAAAUUCGAUAAAUACUUUUGAACAGGGAAACACCAUGCAUCCAAUCAUCUUCUCUGCAGAUGCUGCAAACCAAACCGGAGGACAUAGUACCGAUUCAAGGUACUGCAGUGUAGACUCUUUGAACAAGACUUUGGUUCAAGGAAAAAUUGUUGUUUGUGAUGAUUUCAGCGAGGAAGAUGCAAUAGCUCUUGGUAUAGCCGGCAUAAUAGCGCCGGACGGAUUCUAUACAGAUGUAGCUUUCACUUUUGCUUUACCAGUUUCACUAGUAAGCACUGACAAUGGAACUGAUAUUGUAAAAUACUUGAACUCGACCAGUGAACCAACUGCAGCAAUUUUCAAGACUGUUGAACAAAAAGAUGAAUUAGCUCCAUAUGUUGUUUCCUUUUCUUCAAGAGGACCGAAUCCAAUUACAAGUGACAUUCUCAAGCCUGACCUGACAGCCCCUGGUGUAGACAUUUUAGCAGCAUGGUCCGAAGCAACUACCGUGACUGGAGAACAAGGCGAUACAAGAGUAGUUCCGUACAACAUAAUCUCCGGUACAUCCAUGUCUUGCCCACAUGCGUCCGGUGCUGCUGCAUACGUCAAGUCAUUUCACCCGACAUGGUCUCCUGCUGCAAUCAAGUCUGCUUUAAUGACAACAGACUAUCUAAUUCAUUAUAUUCGUUGUAACAUUUUAAUGUGUUUCACAGCUUACCCGAUGAGUCCAGUCACAAACACCGAUCAAGAGCUUGCUUACGGAUCAGGCCACAUAAAUCCUGUAAGGGCGACGGAUCCUGGUCUAGUAUACGAUGCUGGAGAACUUGAUUUUGUUAAAUUUCUGUGCGGACAAGGAUAUAAUGCUACACAACUGCAGCUUGUUACAGGAGACAAAAGCGCAUGUUCUUCAGCAAUAAAUGCAACUGCUUGGGAUUUAAAUUACCCUUCUUUUGCCCUUUCUGCGCCAUCAGGAGUAUCUGUAACUCGCGUCUAUCACAGAACUGUCACAAAUGUUGGAAGUCCGUCAGCAACUUAUACAUCAAAUAUAAGAUCUCCUGCAGGACUUCAAAUUACAGUUGAGCCAAAUGUUCUCAGCUUCCAGUCUCUUGGCGAAAAGCAAUCUUUCGUUGUGACAGUUGAAGCUACAUUGAAGGAUACAAUUUUAUCUGGCCGAUUGGUAUGGAGUAACGACGUCCAUCAAGUGAGAAGUCCGAUAGUCGCAUUUGUUUCAGAUUCUGAACCUGGUGAACCAUAGUCAGGAAUUCUCUCUUAUAUGUUAAAAUAAAAUUUACAGCUAUAAGAUUGCGGUUUUAAAUUCCAUAGAACCACAACAUCAUGUACUAUUAUUUUUUAAGAAAAACUAUUGAAAUGAUCAUC